AUCUACAGCUACGAGGAUCUAAUGAGCGACAUCCCGGACGAGCGCUUCUACGGGCGUCUGGAUUGGAAUGGCAGCAAGAAGACCAAGGACCUGCAGGACGGCUCCAUCUACAUCCUGAACGUGACGUGGAACGACACGGGCACCUACCGCUGCUCCUUCAACCGCAUCCUCACCUUCCCCUCCUACGAGUUCCAAACCAACGCCACCAAGAUCGUCCACCUCAACGUGGUGCCAAGACGUAAGGCUUUGGCUUUGGGUUCACAGGGUUAGGCUUAGGCCUUGACACAAACAAACAUACACACACACACACACACACACAGUAUAGUAGACACACACCCUCAUCUGGAGAUAGGGGAGAGGGAGAGAGGAGUGGAGAGAGGGUGGAAGAGGGAAAGAGUACACUAAGAUUACCCUCAUGAAAGUAGUGGUCCUCUGUAGCUCAGCUGGUAGAGCACGGCGCUUGUAACGCCAAAGUAGUGGGUUCGAUCCCCGGGACCACCCAUACACAAAAAUGUAUGCACGCAUGACUGUAAGUCGCUUUGGAUAAAAGCGUCUGCUAAAUGGCAUAUUAUUAUUAUUAUAUUGGCUUACUUACACCCUACAUGGGGAGGGGGAAGAGUUGGAGGGGAGAGAGAAUGGUGGGGGUGGGGUGGGGGUGGGGGGGGGGCGGGGUAGAGGGAGGGAAGGAAGGGAAGAAGAGAGGAGGAGAGUGGACCGACACUCGAUGUCCUUGCCUGAAUUGAAAAGUGCCAAUAUUGUUAGAGCGGAUGAUUUACAAGGUGCAUGAGUCAUAUGAUUUUGAUUUAGGGUCAGGGUUAGAUGGCCCAUGAUAGAUUGGACCAUGUUUCAAAAUGGAAGCAUUGAUAUCAAAUUCAAGGACAUAUGACAGGAAACAGUCAUACAUGUCAUUACCUGUCUUUACCUACACAGCUGUUGAUGGAUGGUUAGUAGUAGUAGCCCUGUCACAGAAGCCGUCACAGCUGUCAUUAAUUCUCAGAUUUCCUAAUCCAAAGGCUCAGCCACAGCCACAGCCACGCCAAUGAUUAUCCAACACAUCACUGUCAAUGACAGCUGACCAUUAAGGAGAUACUGUAUCAAGAGAGACAUACAGUAGAGAUAUACAUAGAGACAUAGAUACAGUGCCUUCAGAAAGUAUUCACACCACUUGACUUUUUCCACAUUUUGUUGUGUUAUUUUAAAUAGAUUAAAUUGAGUUUUUUUGUCACUGGCCUACACACAAUACCCCAUAAUGUCAAAGUGGAAUCAUGUUUUUAGACAUUUCUACAAAUUAAUAAAAAAUGAAAAGCUGAAAUUGUUUGAGUCAAUAAGUAUUCAACCCCUUUGUUAUGGCAAGCCUAAAUAAGUUCAGUAAAAAUUUGCUUAACAAGUCACAUAAUAAGUUUCAUGGACUCACUCUGUCUGCAAAAAGUGUUUAACAUGAUUUUUGAAUAACUACCACAUCUCUGUAUGCCCCACAUACAAUUAUCUGUAAGGUCCCUCAGUCGAGCAGUGAAUUUCACACACAGAUUCAACCACAAAGACCAGGGUGGAUUUCCAAUGUCUCGCAAAGAAGGGCACCUAUUGAAGAAAAAAAGCAGACAUUGAAUAUCCCUUUGAGCAUGGUGAAGUUAUUAAUUAAUUGGAUGGUGUAUCAAUACACCCAGUCACUGAAAAGAUACAGGCAUCCUUCCUAACUCAGUUGCCAGAGAGGAAGGAAACCGCUCAGGGAUUUCACCAUGAGGCCAAUGGUGACUUUAAAACAGUUACAGAGUUGACUGGCUGUGAUAGAAGAAAACUGAGGAUGGACUAACCUAAAUGUCAUAGUGAAAAGAAGGAAGCCUGUACAGAAAAAAAUAUUCCAAAACAUGCAUCCUGUUUGCAAUAAGGCACUAAAGUAAAACUGCAAAAAGAAUGUGGCAAAGAAAUUAACUUUAUGUCCUGAAUACAAUUAUGUUUGGGGCAAAUCCAACACAACACAUCACGGAGUACCACUCUUCAUAUUUUCAAGCAUGGUGGUGGCUGCAUCAUGUUAUGGGUAUGAUUAUCACCGGCAAGCACUAGCAAGUUUUUCAGGAUAAAAAAAAAAUGUAAUUGAGCUAAGCACCUGCAAGAUCCUGGAGGAAAAACUGGUUCAGUCUGCUUUCCUACAGAAUUCACUUUUCAGCAGGACAAUAACCUAAAACACAAGGCCAAAUAUACACUGGAGUUGCUUACCAAGACAUCAAUGAAUUUUCCUGUGUAGCUUAGUUAGUUACAGUAACACAGGCUGUAACACAACAACAUGUGGAAUAAGUCAAGGGGCAUGAAUACUUUCUGAAGGCACUGUACAUACAUAACAUACAUACAUACAUACAUACAGAUACCUACUGUACUGCUUUAAUGGACCUGCAUUUGGAUGAAGGAUUUUUCUCCUCAAGAGAGGAGAGGUCAAAGACUUCCAAGAGCUAAAUUGCUUUCAUAAUCCUAAGUAAUUUUUUUAAAGCUUCCACAAAGAUUGAUGCAGUGUCUCUAGAAAGUUGGGUUUAGCAGCAAGCUUAAGUCAGCUCACCCACUGCUUGAGGUCAUUCCAACAGUUUUAGUUGAGAUUAAUGUUGACCUUGAAAAACUGGGCCAUUUCCAGUGAAACACUGAACCCUUGUGGAUGUCUGGGGAUAAUUGUUUCAUCAUGUUUUAUAGGAGGCAUCAGAAACUCAUUCAUUGAAACAGCUUCUAAUUUAUUAAUAAUUAAUGUAUCCCAAGGCGGUCUCUUUCUUAACCACUCCUCUCUCUCUCUAGUGACCAGGGGGUUAGCGUCCAUCUUGUCUGAGGUGAUGAUGUAUGUCACCAUCAUUGGGCUGCAGGUAUGGCUGGUGGUGGAGAUGAUUUACUGCUACAGGAAGAUAUCAGCACAAGGCGAGGAAGCAUUGAGAGAGAGCGCGUGAGUAGACACAAACACACACACACACACACACAGGUACAAUUCAUUGCAGACACACGCACAAGAGCACACUCACUUACACACUUUUUCCUCAAUCUUCCUCUGAAAAUGUUAUUUUCUUGCUAUGUAAUUUCCUAGCUAAAACUGCUACUUUCUAACUGCCUGAUCUCUUUCUUGCACUAUUCUCUAUUAUCUUUUUAACUGCCUCUCUAUCUCUUAUUCCUCACCUUUUCUCUCCUCACCUGUCUUCCUUUUCUCUCUCUCCUUCUCAGGGCGGAGUACUUAGCUAUAGCUUCGGAGAGUAAAGAGAACUGUGCAAUGGUGGCAGUGGCAGAAUAG